CACAAUGCGCCUAUACGUCUAUACAUCUAGCCCUCGUACAUUUGGAAGAAUACACACCCACGAGCACCACUAAGCUCACAAUCUACCUUGAACUCACUGGCGGUCUCACUUGGACACGAAAACUACCACAUUCUUAAUGCCAAACAUGGCUUCCUCAAAGGCUACGACUGCUGGUUUCCCGGAUCUUCCUGUCGAAAUUCGCCUCCACAUUUGCUCCUACAUCAUCACUUUCAUCCCUACAAUGGUUUGGCAUACAGACAGACCCGACUCCGACUAUCCUUUUUCGCAUCUUAACCAUAUGAAAGAAGUCUUCGUCCCCCAGCGCAUUCCGUCUUCGCACAAUCUCUACAGCUAUCAUGGUCUCCUGCUUUCAUGCAAAACCGUCUAUGACGAAUUCGAGCAUGAGUGGCUUAAUGCCUAUAUCCCAUGGUUCAAAAAGGAGUUUGAUAUCCAUGACUUUGAUCUUCCAACUAUUAGCAAGAUAGAGGAUACGGCACACGUGCGCAUCGGUCUUCCAAUGCCAACAGGCGGUUGGCUCCAGUCUCCGCCUAUGGUUCACUCCAGUAUCCACAAGCUUGCCAAUAUUUUGCCUUCCUUCUGCAUCUAUCCCAUUUCGUCGCUUGCGUUCGAUCAUAUGUCGCUCACCCGAGACCAAAUCAAGAGCUUUAAGAUGGUCGCGUCAGGCCAGGAAAAGACCCUUUUCCUGCGCUCGAUACGACUAGUCGCUGGAGUUUUGACAAAGUUAAGGACAUCCGUUGAUACACUUCAAUAUGGCCCAAUAUUUGGGGAAGACUUCCAGAGCAUCGCGAUGGAUUGGGCGUGGAAGGAAGUGGUAGCUAGGCGCGAGAAGAUCGACGGGUGGCAAGAAAUGGAGUGGUGCGAUGACGCUUUUCGACCUGGUCGCCCCCUACAACCGCUCAAGACGCGCAGGUCCUACCAUCAGUCAUCAAGUUCUAGUCAAAGACGUCUUUCUCAAGAUAUGGCUAUGCCACAAUAGAACAAGCUGGAGCUUCGCUUACGCAAGUGGAACAGUCGGUGUCUGAUAUUCAUUUGGAAUUUUCGGAUUCAAAGCCACCUCUACAGUGAAUGGGAGUUGCAACUGUUGUCCAAACUGUACGCUAUGGAUACAUAUAGUAAGCUACGUUGCAACUCCGCUGGAGUAGCUAGCAUGUACACUUUGAGGAUAGGCGCAGUAUUUGGAAAUAGAAUUCAUAUCAAAUAGGCUUCCUC